AUGUGGAGCGUGGCCGGGGAGCCCAUAGGCCUGGACUCGUCACCAAUGCCUUUGGUGAAAGCUCCAGUCAUCCAGGGAGACCAGAAGGGGUCAGCCCAUAGCAAGCAUAAUGCAGAGGAGCAGAGGGCACGUGGCAAUGCUGAACGCCAGGGCGAGGAGGGCAUGAAGAGGGCGAAAGUGGACCUCUAA